UAGUACAGAAGCUUUUAUUGUAUCCCCACGUGCAACCACGAGCAUGGAAAACGCAGUGACAUGGUGCAUGUAUAAUCCAUCUUCCACCAGUAUGCAAGAAGCAGGUGAAAACUUAACUCCUACUCAUAGUAGUUAUGAACGUGCCUUGGAUCACUUGGUCCGGGGCUUAUCCAGCCUCUAUGGUCUCGAUCUCUCCUCCGGACGCCAGGGUGCGCUGCGCCGCUCCUUAGCUGCAUGGCGUCUCGAUCUUCCGAUCUUCCCUUCUCGCUGCGCAGCGCUUCCGGUAGCGGGCGGAAACCCGGGCUGGUGGCUGCCGACGCCGGGGUCCCGAGGCAUGGUGGGGGCGGGGCCGGGGGAGGUGUGCGCGGAGCAGGCUAGGGCGACCCUUGCCCUGGCCCCAUGAGCCAGGACUCGACAGGUGAGGACUUGCCCUUUGCGGCCCGCGAGAGCUCCGCGGCGGGCUCCUCCCCGCAUGCUCGCCGGGUCUCAGGAGCUCCGGCCCCCGGCUUUGCCCGGGGAGGCCCCGCCCUGGGCUUUUCUUUCCGGGGGCGACCAUGGGCAUGUGUGUCUGCCUCUUGGCAUCCUUUUCUUGUUUUGGAAGCAGUCGCCAAGAGUGUGGGGACAUGUGCACUUGCUCCAACGAGGAAUAAACCUUGCGUUCACACAAUUAGUGACCCGCUUUAGCCAGGCUUUCGUUUCAGACCGCACCGCACCAAAGCGUCUACCAUGUGCCAGCCCCAGGGCUGGAAGAGUAUACCGCGGUGACCGAAGUAGACCUGGUUACUUCCAUUAGAGAGGGUACAGUUCAACGAGGAGACUCAAACAUUAAACACAACCAUGCAAGCGACCGUGUAAAUUAAAAAAAAAAAAUGUGACAGAUGACUAGAGAAAGAAACAAGAAAAAGAUGAGUCCUUUAGGUGGGGUGGUCAGAAAGACUUCCCCAAAACUUGACACUACUAACGUUGCAACGAGAGAAUUUAUGGCGUGGACCGGAGAGAAUGUCUUCCGGAAAAUGAAAGUUCCCCUGUGGUUACCCACGUUAGCCAAGAAGAUGGCUUGAGAGAUGUUAUAAUGGAUCAUCAUGUUUCCACAAUUAAACCUCGAAGAAUCCAAAAUCAAAAUGUCAUUCACCGCCUCGAACGCCGGCGCAUCAGUUCAGGCAAGGCGGGCACCCACUGGCAUCAGGUCCGAGUGUUCCACCAGAACGUCUUCCCCAACUUCACGGUUGUCAACGUCGAAAAGCCUCCUUGUUUCUUACGGAAAUUCUCGCCUGACGGGCGCUACUUUAUUGCCUUUUCAUCUGACCAGACAUCUCUUGAAAUCUAUGAGUACCAGGGCUGUCAGGCAGCAGAGGACCUCUUGCAGGGAUACGAAGGGGAGAUCUUGUCCAAUGGCAAUGACCAGAGGUCGGUCAGCAUCCGAGGUCGGCUCUUUGAGCGUUUUUUUGUUCUGCUGCACAUUACCAACGUGGCGGCCAAUGGCGAGCACUUGAACCGGGAGUGUAGCCUCUUCACAGAUGACUGCCGCUGCGUCAUCGUGGGCUCUGCUGCCUACCUCCCAGACGAGCCUCACCCUCCAUUCUAUGAGGUGUAUCGGAACAGUGAGUCGGUGACCCCCAAUCCACGGUCCCCACUUGAGGACUAUUCCCUCCACAUCAUUGACCUUCACACUGGCCGUUUGUGUGACACACGCACAUUCAAGUGUGACAAAGUGGUCUUGUCGCACAAUCAAGGGCUCUACUUGUAUAAAAACAUCCUGGCCAUAUUGUCUGUGCAGCAGCAGACGAUUCAUGUCUUCCAGGUGACCCCUGAAGGCACCUUUAUCGACGUUCGAACCAUCGGCCGCUUCUGCUAUGAGGAUGACCUGCUCACUGUGUCUGCCGUUUUCCCUGAGGUGCAGCGGGACAGCCAGACAGGCAUGGCCAACCCUUUCAGGGACCCUUUCAUCAACUCCUUGAAGCACCGCUUGCUGGUUUACCUCUGGCGCCGGGCAGAGCAGGAUGGCAGUGCCAUGGCGAAGAGGCGGUUCUUCCAGUACUUUGACCAGCUGCGCCAGCUGCGCAUGUGGAAGAUGCAGCUCCUGGACGAGAACCAUCUGUUCAUCAAGUACACCAGCGAGGACGUAGUGACGCUGCGGGUCACAGACCCGUCUCAGGCCUCCUUCUUUGUGGUAUACAACAUGGUGACAACAGAGGUGAUUGCCGUGUUUGAGAACACAUCCGAUGAGCUUCUGGAACUCUUCGAGAACUUCUGUGACCUCUUCCGCAACGCCACCCUGCACAGUGAAGUCCAAUUCCCUUGCUCAGCUUCUAGCAACAACUUUGCAAGGCAGAUCCAGCGCCGGUUCAAAGACACGAUUAUAAAUGCCAAGUAUGGAGGGCACACGGAGGCUGUGCGCCGACUGCUAGGCCAGCUCCCCAUCAGUGCCCAGUCUUACAGUGGGAGCCCAUACCUGGAUUUGUCUCUCUUCAGCUACGAUGACAAGUGGGUGUCAGUCAUGGAGCGACCCAAGACUUGUGGAGAUCACCCGAUCAGGCUGGCCUUGAUUCCUGAACUCAGGAGGUCUUCUUGUCUUGACUGGCCUGGAGUGGAUUACAGCUUCAGAGCGUUCCGGAGUAUACAGUUCCAUGUGCCCAUCUUAGAUCCAUGGGAUUUUUUGGAAGCUGGAGUUUGAUGGAUCUGGUCCUGGUUUCCAUGACGCCAGCUCCCAGGGUUCCUGUUCUCAGGACUCUGUGAUAGUUUCUGGUGUUCCCUCGGCUUCCCUGCAGCCUUCCUUGAGUUUCUUUAUGUGUUUCUGAUAACUGUGGAGAUUUAACUAAAAUUGGAGUUGAAGCACUUGGCCCGUUGAGUACUUGCUGCUAUUAGGCUCUCAAUUGUGCAUAUUGUUUAUAUUGCGCCUGCAGGAUUUAAGGUGGCUCUUAGUAAAUUCUGGCAUCUCUGCUCAGUAAGUGUCCAAAGAAUCUCAGGACUCUUUGGAGAAACAACUUCUUUGAAACUCAGAUGUUUAAGAAAACAUGGAGCCGGGCGUGGUGGCACACGCCUUUAAUCCCAGCACUCGGGAGGCAGAGGCAGGCGAAUUUCUGAGUUCGAGGCCAGCCUGGUCUACAAAAUGAGUUGCAGGACAGCCAGGGCUACACAGAGAAACCCUGUCUCGAAAAACCAAAAAAAAAAAAAAAAAGGGAGUGGACUUCAGGGAAUGUCUUUCAGCUCUAAAUCUUCCCUGAGCCUCCUGAGCCUCACUCUCGGCAGAGAGGCCAUGUUGGCCUUGGCUCGAAGCUGCUGUGGACCUCAGAGAAUGCUGCCAUUUAAUUUAGCACUGCCUGUUUCGUUUGUAGCCCCUGCAGACAAGCCUAAGUGAGUGAAAACCUAAAUUAGAUAAUUUUUAAAAGGACAGCAGCUUCAUUAUUUUCAAGCACACAGAGUAUCUUAGACUCGUCAAGGAAGUGCUCUGCCGUAGCAGCCCGUCGGGACAUUUCUUAAGGAGUAGAUUAUAAUUAUUGCUAAUCAGCAUAAUAGUUCCCCAAAAUGCGUGCCUUGAAAGCAAUUGAGCCUAUUAAGUGACUCGAAUGUUCCAAGGGGCAAUUUUGUUUACAACAUUAAUUUGCUGUCUACAUAUCUCUGAUCGCUGUAACUCUGUUGUUUCAAAGAAAACACUUUAAAGGCUUUCUGCAUCAGACAACAUUUGAUUAUGCUUGAAGGAAACUGAGAGAUGCAUUCUGGGACUGGAGGGGUGAGUAGUAGGAACGAGAUUCUUCAUCCAUGGUACCCUUAUCUAAUUAUGGGAUUCGCUCUGGCUGGCAUGACUGCCUAGUACCAGCUUUGGCUCUAUCACCUACUAGCAGGGUAACACACUGAGCCCUUUAUCAGAACUUUACCAAGUCUGUUUCCCGUCUAUAAAAUGAGGGUAGUUUCCCUACUUUACAGACUUGGUACAGUGGACAUCAGUUAAAGCUCCUACUAAGGACUCACUAAAUGUCUGUUGCCCUCUUCCUUCUCUUUACCCAUUUAGGCCUGAGGGGAAGUUUCUUGUUUCUUCAGCCCCUCAGAGAUUUCUCUCAGCUCUGGUAACUGAACUCAACUUGACCCCUUUCCAGUUUCAACUCCUGGCCACUGAAUGACAACUGGUAGCAUCUCAAGUGGUGUCACAGUCUCUGUUGCCAGCACACCUAUGUCUGAGAGGACCUGCGCAUCCCUGUCCCUCUGCUCCUUGCAGCAGCGAGGCCCAUUGAUUAAAGAGACUUUGGUCUCCCA